AUGACACUUUAAACGGGUAAGUUGGGGUUGGAGGGUCCCAUUACAUUCCCGCCCGCACCCGCAUGCAAACUCCGUAUAAUUCCUGUAAACUUCGGCCAUCCGAGCCUCGGUUAGGUAUAUUCAAAGCUCUGCCAUGGAUGACUUGAUUGAGCUUGUAAACAGAAUUCAGAGAUCAUGCACUCUGCUGGAAGACCACGGCGCUGCUACUGAUACUCUUUCCCUACCAACUUUAUGGUCGUCUCUUCCUUCUGUUGUUGUCGUAGGAGGGCAGAGCUCUGGGAAAUCUUCGGUUCUGGAGAGUAUAGUUGGAAGGGACUUUCUACCCCGUGGAUCUGGUAUUGUAACAAGGAGACCACUAGUGGUACAGCUCCAUAAGACUGAUGGUACUGAAGCAGAGUAUGCCGAGUUUUUACAUAUUCCAAAGAAGCGUUUUUUAGAUUUUGGUGCAGUGCGGAGGGAGAUAGAAGAGGAGACUGACAGGGUAACAAGGCACACAAAGCAGAUAUCCCCUAAACCAAUUCAUUUGAGCAUAUAUUCUCCACAUGUUGUCAAUCUGACGCUAAUCGACCUUCCUGGUUUAACAAAUGUUGCUGUAGGAGGUCAAUCUGAUACCAUUGUUGCAGAAAUUGAAAAUUUGGUUCGCAGUUAUGUUGAGAAGCCAAAUAGUCUUAUACUUGCCAUCUCUCCUGCUAACCAAGAUAUAGCAACUUCUGAUGCUAUAAAGCUGGCACAUGACGUUGAUCCUUCAGGUGACAGAACAUAUGGCGUAUUGACAAAGCUCGAUUUGAUGGACCAGGGGACAAAUGCAAGAGAUGUUCUUGAGGGUCGAGCAUAUUGUUUGAAACACCCAUGGGUUGGUGUAAUAAAUCGAUCACAAGCUGACAUCAACAUGAGGAUUGAUAUGAUGGCUGCUAGAAAAAAACAACGUGAAUAUUUUGCCUCUAGUCCUGAUUAUAAACACUUGGAAGGCCGAAUGGGUUCAGAAUAUCUAGCCAAACUCCUUUCUAAGCAUUUGAAGGAUGUGAUCAAGGCAAGGAUACCAAGUAUUCAGUCUUUGACAAACAGGACAAUUGCUGAACUUGAAACAGAGCUAAAAUGUUUUGGAAAUCCUGUUUCUGUGGAUGCAGGGGAACGACUAUAUCAAAUUCUAGAUAUCUGUCGUGCUUUCGAUUGUAUUUUCAAGGACCAUCUUGAAGGAAGGAGACCAGGGGGUGAGCAAAUCUACCUAGUUUUCGAAAAGAACCUCCCUGCUGCCCUAAAGUCGUUACCUUUUGAUGGACAACUAUCGUUGCAGAAUAUUAGGAAGGUUAUUUCUGAAGCUGAUGGUUAUCUACCUCAUCUUGUAGCUCCUGAACAAGGCUAUCGAAGGCUUAUUGAAGGAUCUCUUAGUUACUUCAAAUCUCCAGCAGAGGCAUCCGUUAAUAGAGUACACCAUAUAUUGAAAGGGCUUGUUCAAAGGUCCAUCAGUGAAACAGAGGGAUUGAAGCACUUCCCUACUCUUCGAGCAGAAAUCUAUGCAGCUGCAACAGAAUCUUUAGAAAGGUUUCGCACUGACAGUAUGAAAACUGCACUGAGAUUGGUGGAUAUGGAAUCUAGCUAUUUAACUGUAGAUUUCUUUCGUAAACUUCCACAAGAAGUAGAGAGAAGUGGAAAUGCCACAGGAUCUAUUUUUGACCGUUACACAGAGGCUCAUCUUAGAAGAAUUGGAUCAAAUGUUUUAUCAUAUGUGAGAAUGGUGUGUGAGACAUUAAAAAAUUCUAUUCCUAAAGCUGUGGUACAUUGUCAAGUUCGAGAAGCCAAGUAUGCUUUGCUUGAUCAUUUCUAUAUAACCGUUGGGAAAAAGGAGGCAAAUCAGCUUGCAAGUCUAUUAGAUGAAGAUCCCAAAGUGGUGGUGCGCAGAGAAGCUUGUGCAAAAAGGCUUGAAUUAUUCAGGAAUGCCCGUGAUGAAAUUGAAGCUGUAACUUGGACUUAGUGUAAAUAAUGUUGUUCUGCAAUUUUUCCUAUGUUUGAUCCUCGUUUGUCUUACAAUGUUGUGUCUAUGGGUGGUUGUGGAGUGUACAACUAACAAAAUACGAAUAUGAAUUGGUGGAUGUUUAUUGUAUUAGAUGGAUUGACAUGUAGUAUGUGGGGGUUUUAUGGAUUUCCUAUGUGAAAAACUUUCGUGAGGGCUGGAAGCCAUGAAGAAAGAUUGUUUGCUGUUGAAAAAUACCAUAAAUUCUCCACUGACUGAGCUUAGCGCUUAAAAGGACUGAAACUUGCUUCAAAUCAGCAGGUCACUUUUUACUGAUUAGAAAUUAUUUACUCAUGAUUUUGAACUAAUGUUUUAGGCUAUUACAACUUCAGCAGUUGCAAAAUGAAGAUACACUAAGUUUUUGCAUGUAUGCAAUGAUGAUUUAAACUGAGCUAUUAUAAUGCAACUUUGAAUAUGUGCUCUU